AAGGGUUUGCGGGGGGGGGGGGGUAAAGUUUGGGGAAGGACUUUGGCGGGUCCCUUUCGCCCCCGAGUCCGGCGCAGCGAGGCUGGCCGGCGGGGCGCAGCGCGGUCCGCUUGGCUGGGCGCUGCCUGCCCGCGCCCGCGAUUCCUGCUCCUGCUCGGCGGCGCCUCCGUCCGGUGGGGGAUGCCUGCCGGCAUGUUCAGCAUCGACAGUAUCCUGGCGGCCCGCCCGCGCUGCAAGGAGGCCCCCUCCUCGGCGGUGCUGCAGCCCCCCAGCACCGCGCCCGUCGUCUUCUCGGCCAGCCUCCACGGGGGGGACUCGCUUUACGCCUCGGCCGGCGCCGACUACGGCGGAUACUACUCGCGGGCGGUGGCUCCGGCGUCCGGCCUGCCCGCGCUCGGCGGCUCCAGGCUGGGAGGCUACGGCAACUACUACUACGGGCAGCUGCAGGUCCAGGCGUCCGCCGUCGGCCCCUCUUGCUGCAGCGCCGUGCCUCCCCUAGGCGCUCAGCAGUGCUCCUGCGUCCCCACCACAGGCUAUGAAGGUACCGGCUCUGUCCUCAUGUCUCCCGUGCCCCACCAGAUGUUGCCCUACAUGAACGUGGGCACCUUGUCCCGGACGGAACUGCAGCUGCUGAAUCAGCUCCACUGCCGGAGGAAACGGAGACACCGGACCAUCUUCACGGACGAGCAACUGGAGGCUCUGGAGAACCUCUUCCAGGAAACCAAAUACCCAGAUGUGGGGACAAGGGAACAGCUGGCGAGGAGGGUGCAUUUGCGGGAGGAGAAAGUGGAGGUUUGGUUCAAGAACCGCCGGGCCAAAUGGAGGCGGCAAAAGCGGUCUUCGUCGGAGGAGUCCGAAAACGCCCAGAAGUGGACUAAAGCGUCCAAAACCUCUCCGGAGAAGAGGCAAGAAGACCACAAAAGCGACGUGGACUCGGACAGCUGAUGCGGACGGCGGCCGCGGGACGGACUGUCUUGUCUGCUGCGACUUGCCCGGGGAAGAUGGUCGCGAUUCUUGCACAGACUCUGCGUUUGCAGGAGGAGGAGGCGGCGGCGGCGGCGGGGAAGGGGGACGGUCUCUCGUUUGUAUAUAGUGCGCUCGACCCGAGGAGGGAGAUCCCGCUGAAAUAAAAGCGUGGCUUUUGCGGAGGUGUUGCACAGGUGGA